CUGCAGGCCGGGGCGCCCACACCCACACGACGCCGCCUCCUCCCGCCUCCCGCCGCGUCGCCGUUAGGGGCCAAAGCCCCCAUGGUGCCCCCCGGGGCCGUCGCCACCUUCGGGCCGUGAGGGCUGAGCACCAGACACGGGGACGGGGACGGGCCCGGGCAGCGCGGGAGUACCACCACAGCCGCCCCCAUGGAGGAGGACCGAGAUCUCACCGAGCAGCAGCCUACGGUGAAAAAGGCCAAGAUGCAGGAGUCGGGGGAGCCGGCGUUAAGCCAGGGGACCCUCCCCGACGCCAAUGAGCAGAAAGUGGAAGGCCCCGGCCUCGCCUCAGAUGUCACCAUGGCAGAUGGAAUUCUGACCUGCACUGACUACCUCCCGCGCCCGGCCAGCGACUACUCCUCGCAGCUCUACUCUGCCAAACCGUACACGCAUAUCCUUUCCGUCCCCGUGUCCGAGACGCUGACCGCCUACUCCGGCCAGACCCAGUACCAAGCCCUGCCACAGUCCCAGCCCUAUACGGUGUAUCCACAGGCCGCCCAGAGCUAUGGACUACCUCCUUUCGCUCCAAGCCCCAACGCCAGCCUAGUCUCUGCCUCUUCCACCGCCACCGCCGCCGCCAACGUGUCCGCUGUCGCCAGCAUCUCCAGUCAGGACUAUCCCACGUACACCAUCCUGGGUCAGAACCAGUACCAGACCUGCUACCCCAGCCCCAGCUUUAGCCUCCCGGCACAGACCAGCAGCAGCAGCAGUGCUGAGACGGCUCCACUCGCUGCCCCCGUCUACCAAGCUGGGAAACCCGGCGGUAUUGCCCCCACCCCCGCGAACCAGCGCCUCUCCUCAGGGGACCCUGCAGCCAGCCCGUCCUUGGCCCGGGCCGCACCCAGCAAGGAAGCAGAGGAGCAGGCCAGGAAAAAUGUGGCCGGGAAGAACCGGGGCAAGAGGAAAGCCGACGCCACAGCCUCCCAAGACAACGAGCUGGAACGGGUGUUCCUGUGGGAUCUGGAUGAGACCAUCAUCAUCUUCCACUCCCUGCUCACCGGCUCCUAUGCCCAGAAGUACGGGAAGGACCCGACGGUCGUCAUCGGCUCGGGCCUGACCAUGGAGGAGAUGAUCUUUGAGGUGGCCGACACGCACUUGUUCUUCAACGACCUGGAGGAGUGUGACCAGGUACACGUGGAGGACGUGGCCUCGGACGACAACGGACAGGACUUGAGCAAUUACAGCUUUUCAACGGACGGCUUCAGUGGCAGCGCUGGGGGCACGGGCCCUGGGGGCGCGGUGGGCGUGCAGGGCGGGGUUGACUGGAUGAGGAAGCUGGCUUUCCGCUACCGCAAAGUCAGGGAGACCUACGACAAGCACAAGAGCAACGUGGGCGGCCUCCUGAGUCCCCAGCGGAAGGAAGCCCUGCAGCGGCUUCGAGCAGAAAUCGAGGUUUUAACGGAUUCCUGGCUGGGAACGGCCCUCAAGUCUCUGUUGCUCAUCCAGUCCAGGAAAAACUGCGUGAACAUUCUCAUCACCACCACCCAGCUGGUACCCGCCCUUGCUAAGGUCCUACUGUACGGUCUGGGCGAGGUGUUCCCCAUCGAGAACAUCUACAGCGCCACCAAGAUUGGGAAAGAGAGCUGCUUUGAGAGGAUUGUGUCACGCUUUGGGAAAAAGGUGACCUACGUGGUCAUCGGGGAUGGCCGUGAUGAGGAAAUUGCUGCCAAACAGCACAACAUGCCUUUCUGGCGGGUCACGAACCACAGCGACCUCGUCUCCCUCCACCAGGCCCUGGAGCUUGACUUCCUGUAGGAAAGGCCACCCCCCCGCCCCCCCAGCCCCUCGGUUGCCAGUCCACCUUCCGCCAGGAUCUGACCCUUCCCUGGAGUCUGGAUGGUGGCCGAUGCCUGCAGAUUGGCUGGGGGCACGGGGUUGGGGGGCCCCCAGGUAUGGGGGAGGGCCGCCGGGGCCCGGAGCAGCCGCCGUCCUCUCUGAUGACUCUAGUCCAGCUCUCAGCAGAGUGCCAAUCACUGGUCUUCUCCAGCUCAUCCCGCCGCUUUCACAUUGAUAGAGGCCUUGGGCACUCUCAGGCCAGAUCUGGCAACCCUGCAGGCCACACUUGCCAAGGCUGGCUGUGGCCACCGUUCUACUAUGGGGCAACGUGUAUGUGAAGGCGGGGGUUGUAUGUGGCCGGGGAAGGGCCGGCCUCACCCGCCUCCAUCCCCCUCCCCUCCGCCCCUUCCUACCCUGGUUCUGCUCAGUGCGGUCCUGGCUGUGGAGGCUCGGCUGGGGGUAGGCUCUGGCUCCCCGCCCCAGGUCGGCCCCCCUCCCCCGUAAUCCCCUGUGAUCUGCUUCCACUCCCGGGCAGGCCGUGCUUGCGGGGUGGGCUCCGGGAGCCAGCGGCGGACAGCGCCCCAGACCUGCUCUAGAUUCCGUCCUGCGACAGUUGGGGCUGAUCGGGGGUGCCCCCGCCCCCGCCACGGGGCCCGGCCCACCACUCACCCUAGCUGAGCUCUGGCUGGCCUCCGCCCUAGCCCCUGCAGGGGAGUUUGGUGGCAGAGUGUCGGGGAGCUACUCUCCAGGUAACCCUGCCCCGUCCCUGCCCAUUCCCACUCCUCCCGGGAGCCGCCCCCCCGCCACACAUUGACGGGCCCCCGGCCGCUCCUGUGGGCCACAGCCUGCAGGCUGCUUGACUUCCAAUUGUGCAACUGUGCCUUAGCCCUCCACCCUACCUUGUCGGCUCUGUGCCCUCGACUGUUUCCACCCUGCUCCCUUGACCACGGUGAGAGCUGGAGGGGGGCAGGGGCCUCCUCCCAGAAAACUUGCGAGUAUGCAGGGAUGGCUCCCCGACCCGGCGCUCGGCCCCUGCCUUCCUCUUGCUUAGCUUGCUGGUCCUCCCCUGGGCCGGAGGUGGGGGAACUACCUGCCACCCCGCCCUUGGCUGACCCCACCUCUCCCCAGUUGCCGCCAGCCCUAGGGCUGGGCCUGGGUCCCGGUCCGUGGUUAGAAACUGGAUUCCCUUGGCCUGAGGUGUGGUGCGGGGGCGGGCGGCACGCCAGGCCGGGCGGUGGUGGGUGUAUUUAUGUGACCCGGGCAUUUGUGGCAGUAGAGAACAGAACCAUGAUGUUCUAUGUAACGGGAACUGUCUUCACUUGAAAAAUAAAGUUUUUAUUUUCUAUAAAA